UUUGUGAAGUGGCAUCCAAACACACAGCCUUCAGAGUAGAGUGCAGUGGUGUGUAAUCAUAUUAUGACCUGCGCUAAUGGAUUGUUUUACAGGAUCAGAACAUCGCGCAAAGAUUGGAAUCAAACUGUUAAUGGUUGUGGAUCACUUGUGAAUGAAUUUAGCCAUUAUGGAACAAAAUGGGAGGCAGAUCGUAAUGCUUGGACCCGCACAGUGUGUAUUCCUGUAGCUUUUCUGCUGAAGUCCUAGGCUAGGGAGAAUAGUGGAGAAGGGCUAAACAGACGGGGGCUGGCCCAGCCCUGCGAAGAAGAAGGGAUAUACAAUGGCCUCUGGAUCGAUCAGUGCACUUAACGAGCGCUUGAGAAGCUCCGCUGGCAAAGGAAACUGGGAGGAAAUCGAGCAGCUACUUCGGCAUGGGGCAACCUUUGAAGCUGAUAAGUAUGGGAGAACAGCUCUGCACUAUGCUGCACAUUAUGGGCAAGUCAAGACCCUCAGAGUCUGCAUUUCAAGGGGAUGUGAGCUUGACAAAGUGGACACAUAUGGCUGUACUGCGUUGCACAAAGCUAUAGCACCAGAUGGACAUGUGGAGGCUGUGAGAGCGCUCAUCGGUGAGGGGUGCGAUGUGGACGGCCAAGAUGGAAAUGGUAACACGUGUGUGCAUGAAGGUGCUAUGAAGGGCUUCAGUCAGUCUAUGGAUGUGCUUAUCAAGAUAGGAAAGGCCAACAUUAACACCAGCAACAAGAAUGGUGAGAGGGCUAUCCAUCUUGCAUGCCAGCAUGGUCACAAUCAGAGCACUAGAAUACUGCUAAAAGCUGGCUCUCAUCCAGAUGUCAAAAACAGUUCUGGAGAAACACCACUUCAUAUUGCAUGCCUCUAUGGCCAGAUUACAUGUGCAAGGAUUCUCAUUAGUGCAGAGUGUGAUAUCAACAUGAAAAAUAAGGAGGGUAACACACCUCUGCACAUCGCAGCUGGACUUGGCAAACUCAAGAUUGCAAGGCUUCUCUUAGAGUCACAGUGUGAGGUCAAGAUACGCAACAAGAGCAAUCAGACCCCUCUAGAUGUAGCCCGACAGACCGACCAGCGCGAUGCAGCACUUCUCAUCAUUGGAGCACAUAGGAUGAAGAAAGGGAAGCUCUCGUUUUUCUCUCGGAACAAGAAGAAGGAUAGUAGCAAGCUGGAUGGCUUUGGAAAUUCAUCUCAUCAUCACCAAAGUGACAGUUCACCUAAUGAUAAACAUAAACGCAAGCACACCGAUGAUAGGAGAGGUGAUGAUGAUAUGGAUGGGGGCCAGGGUGGGGCUAGGAUCCGAGGACGGAGAGAGAUGGAAGCUGGGGACAGACAUUCUUCAGGAAGCAGUAAAGGAAAGUCAAAGAAGAAGAGAGACAAGAGUCAAGGACAGAACCUCUUUGUGAGAGAGGAGAUGAAGAAACAUUUGAAGUCGGAGAAGAAACUCCAGGAACAAAUCCAUCUUGGUCGGGAGUUGGGGAAUUGCCAACACACAGAGCAGGGGAACCCCCAUUUCAGGACUCAACUCUUCAAAGACAAGACUGGAAAGGUACUUCAUGUUCCCAUGCCGGUGCACUGCAACUGUACCCCUUACAUCAAGAAACUUGAGAACCAGGUGGAAGCGAGUAAAGAGAGACUCCUGCAUGAAAUAGAUAUAUCCAAAGCUCGCUUUGAGAGCAGAAUGAACAACAUGGAGAAGCGUAUGACCCACCAAGCUCAGUGCAUGGAUCAACUGUGCAAGGAACGAAUAGCAGCUGAGAAAGGGGACUGCAUUCAUAGGAUAGAUAAGAGAGCAAGAGAGGAGAGGAAGGCAUGGUCGGAGGAGCAUGAUGCUCGGACAGAUGUGCUGAGGAGAGAACUGAGGCACUGGUUUGAGUCAAGGAUUCAGCCUCUCCAUGAGCAGUUGAGCAGGACCAUGGAUGAUGCAGAGACUGCAUCUUCUACGAGGAGAAGUCGUCCCAGGGCGGGGUUCUACCGGUUGAAUGGUCGCGAGGUGGUCACUCAUCGAAAGAGAUCAAAAUCACUCGGGAAUGUCAGUGAUUGUGAUUUAGAGGAAGAAGACGAGGAAGAUAGCGAUGAAGAGAGCGAAGACGAAAGUGAAGAUGAGGAGGAGGAGAAAGAGCAUGCAAGGAAGAACAGCCGUGUCAAGGAGCGUCCUGUAUCCUCCAGUCAACCUAGCGAACAGUCUCCUCACCACUAUAAGAAGACAGAGACGGCAAAAGCUAAGGACUAUGCCAAGUCUGGUGCCAUUCCAAAGUCAUCCAGGAGUGGCAGCUUUAGACUAGCAGUUAGCGAUGAAGAUCGUGCCAGUGGCAGCAGUAGCAAUAGUGGUACACCUCUCAGUAUGGUUGAUGGUACUUACCGACCUCCGCUCAUUACUGCUCAUGAACACUCCCCUAACACUGAUUCCCAUCACUCGCUUCCCGCCAAUUUUGUCUUUCCAUCUCAAGAAACGGACGAUACUGAAUCUUCAGAAUCCUCGGAAUCUGAAACCACAUCUCAGCAAUCGCUGGAGACGGUGUCGUACAAACCCAAAUCAAUAAGCGGUGUAUCAUCGUCCACCAGAGACUCUGGUCUUCACACCUUGAAGGGGUCCAGUGUGUCAUCAGAUCGAAGGUCGCAUGGCCCCACCAGGGCAGACUUGAUAGCCUAUCAAGCCCUUACCGUCAAUGCUAGACCACCCCCACCGUUACAUGCUCAAGUGCGUCCCCGUCAUCCAGUAAGCACUCAACCACCACCAGCAGAGUUACGCAUACAAGCAAGCUACACACCUCCGUUCAGCCCACCUGUCUCGCCAACUUCAACUGCAUCUCAACCGCGUUCAACGUCAACCCUCGCAUCAUCAGACGGACAUAGAGUUGCUACACCAAGUACAGAGCAACCUUCAAGUGACAACCCUUCUCCAACAGACUCUGGGAAAGCUCACAGCACAUCCUCUGGAAUUUCGUCUGGGGAGGCGUCAUCUCUUCAAAACUCCUCCCCGAUCAAAUAUAAUAUCAUCAGCCCCCACAGUGGACAGUCAUACCAGGGGACCUACAACCCUCGUUCCUCAUCCUCAAGCCAUCAGCCUGAUCUCUUUAAGGUCAUCAAGUCUGAGACUAUGAAAAAAUCUCAUGAUGAACCACCACCUCCCUACAGGAGUAAAGAUAGUGCUUCAUCUGACAAUAGAUAUAGGGUUGCCCAACCAUACCUUCAAAAUGUAAACAAUGCAAACAAUGAUCAAUCUUUGAAUCAGAGUAGAUCAAACGAAGUUCCCCCAAAAAUUGGACAUGCCCCAACAUUGAGCAAUCAUUAUGCAAGCUCAUUACCUGGAGGUAGGACGAUUUCACGUACAGAUCAAAAGAGAAUUGGCAGUGGAAGCGACUCAAGUACUAAUGUUAAGACACAAAGCAUGGGGUACUCUGCUGCACCCUCUAGAUCAGCAGCCAGUCGGCUUGGUGUGACCCCUACUCUGGGUGCUGUUCGAGGUGUGUCCAGUAACAAUAAUACUACCUCUGGAAAGGGUCUCAAUCAGCUUCAUCUACAACCAAGAACUCAAGCUUCCCAGCAGUCCCUUCCACCAGGGUACUCAGUGGUCCAGGGAAGGAGCGGGAGCAACGGUGCUGUGUUUGCCAUCACCAGAACCAACCAGUCACAUGCCGGUAACCUCAACCGGCCAGAGAUACCAGUCAACAAAAACAACAAUGCAGCACCGAAUUCAACGUCAACAUUCGUCCACUCUGGCUCAAUAACAUCUAGCACCUCAAGAACGUUCAACAACCAUGCAACAUCAGGCAAUCAGUACAAUGUUCCUGCUGGUGCCGGUACAAGAAACAAUGGUACCUUUAAUGCUCCGAAUAAUAAUUUUCAUUGUUCUGGUGGAACAAAGGACAGUACUAGCGGUAACCGGGCUACUUCUUCCUCACACUCCAAUAGGACAAGCAGGGAAAGCUAUGCAAGUAAUGGUACUUUGAGUUCAGAUACCAGAAAUCCUGUUCGAAUAGGCGGUGCAAUCAAUGGCGCCGAUCACUCUUCCACAAACUACACCAUAGACAAACGGACUAGUGGUACCAGCAAUAGCAUCCCCGGUGUUAAUUCCAUGAGUACUAACAGAAGAAGUGGUGCAGCUUUCAUUAGUAAUGGUGCCAGUAACGGUGCAAGUCUUGUCAGUACUGUUGAAAGUUUUAAUAGGACUGCUGCUCCAGAACAGAAAUUGAAAUACACCAGGGAAAUUAUUCUUUGAGUUGGCAAGUUUGAGCAGAAUUCAUGUUAUUUAUCUAUUGUAGUGUAAUUGAUCUGUAUCAUGUAUGCAUCUAGAAAUAAUACCUUGACAGUAUUCAUAUAUCUCCAAGAUCCCAAGUUUUUAUAGUUAUCUUGAGUUCUGGUGUGGGAUCGAUAGAAACUGAUUUCUCAAUGGAUAAAAACAAAUCAUCCAGUUAUUAUUCAAGAAUACAUGUACUAUGUUGUACAUGUAAAUAUCUGCGGUACAGUUUUUGGUAAUUGCUCAAUUAUAAGCAAAGAAAAAUAACAACAUUGACAAGGUGGUCUUAUAUGCAAAUGUAAGUUGUGCUUUUCAAUGAAAUUGAUUUCCAGAAAGUCGUUGAUUGUAAUUUAUGAAAUAUUUUGCUGGUCUAAACAGCGCAACCACUGCAUGAUAAUUGACUCAGAGUGUAUUUGAGUCAGUUUCUCUUGAAAUGCAACAUCGUUAUCAGAACUGGAGACUAGUUUUUAAAUGGAUAACUGUGAGCAUGAUGUGAAUAAAAGCUUUAUGGAAUAAAGUCUGUGUCUGCAGACUACGUAUUUGAGCACUUCAUAACAAUAGCACUACAAGACUUAACAGUACUCCUCCUCUUUCAUUCCUCCAAGGAUCAAUUGUCGUCCUUUAGUUUUCAUAUCCAACAAACCUGGCAAGUCGUGGGGCUUACGAUCAGUAUUCCAUAUUACCUCUUUGAAUAGGAUGAAAUGGUAACUAUUUCUUUUUGCGAGAUUUGAAAUUCUCAAGCCAUAACCAAUCCACCAAAUCUGCAAUGAAAACUUGAUUAUUUUACUCUCCUUUGUGUGGGUAUUUCUAAAGGAAAAAGCAGCCGCAGAAGCAUUUUUACUAAUACCAUGAAUCAUUGUUGAUAAAAAGUGAACCCUUUUCCAAUAGAACUCUUUUCCAUCAAUGAUAUCAAUAUUUAUAUUGGGUUGGGAUGUUGGGAUAUAUGAAAAUAAUACUGCAAGGUACAGACAUUUGGCACAGGAUAAUUUAUGCACUCUGAAGAAAGAACUUGAUAUUAUGCAGGUUAGGUUUUCAAUGGAAAUUAUGGAAAUUGGAAAAUGUGCAUUACUAUAGUGAAACCUGUAUGUAAAGACUGCUCAAGGGAGACAAGAAAAGUGGUCUUUACAGGCAGGUGGUCUCUAUGUAUAGGUUGCUUUAGUACAUGUUUCAAUGAGAAACUAUUUUUGAGUGGAACAAAAAAUGUGGUUUCUAUAGACCUAUGUAGACAGAUUGUUGCGAAAGCAGGUUUGACUUUUUUAGACCACAUAUCAAACAUAUUGGCCCGAAUUCACAAAGGAGAUUUAUCGACAAACCUAGGUUUAUGUGCGUCAUAUGACGCGUUUUGACGCGU